UAAGAACCGAAAUGGAAUGUUGAACAAUUUAUAAGGGCCAAGCCGCAGCUUAGAGUAGAAAAUAGAAAGCCACCCUUAUAAACCAAACCCUAGUCUCACCCUCUCUUUUUCUAGUAGACGGCCGCUCCAUCUCUCUCGCCUGCACAAUCUCCACCGGGAGUAAUCGAAGAUGAGUAAGGCAACUGCACCAGGACCCAAAGGGAAGAAGAAGGGUGCGACCUUCACAAUAGAUUGUGCAAAGCCAGUGGAGGAUAAGAUUAUGGACAUUGCUUCAUUGGAAAAGUUUCUUCAAGAGAGGAUCAAAGUUGGAGGCAAAGCUGGUGCCCUUGGUGAUACUGUUACUGUUACUCGUGAGAAGAACAAGAUUACUGUUACUUCUGAUAGUAACUUCUCCAAAAGAUAUCUCAAGUACUUGACAAAGAAGUAUUUGAAGAAACACAAUGUCAGGGAUUGGCUACGAGUGAUUGCAUCCAACAAAGAUCGCAAUGUGUACGAGUUGAGAUACUUCAACAUUGCUGAGAACGAGGGAGAGGAGGAAGACUGAAAUUUAGGUCUCAUAGCCUCGAUCAUGUUGUUUCCUCAAUCGAACCCCCUCCAUUUUUUUUGUUUGAUCAAGUGAUGUUUUGUAAAACAUUUACCAAGUUAAUGUUUUAUAAUUUUAUUACCGGAAUUGGUUCUUUUGCAA